AUGACCUGCUUCAUUUCUGUUUCUCAUACACUUGCAGUAUUGAAUAUCCCAAAAGUCCCUUUUGCCACCGAGGGUAGUCUGGAGACAGGAGCAUCUCGGUCCCGUCUCUCACUGCCGGGUGUCUGGGGACUCGGGUACGCCACGCUUUCUUGGCACCGCCAGAUAAUUUGGCAUCUGGGUGUUCACCAGCCAAAAACGCCGCCCGAAGGAUUCUUACUGCUCGGGGUGAAAGUUCGCAGUGAACCGAUUGGUGCCCUGCAGCUCGAAAUGACUCAUCUCAUGGGGAUACUGCUCUUCCCCAGCCAACUGCCACCCCGUCCGACUGUACCAACCAACUCUGUCCUGCUCUCGUCCACAGACACCCCCUACAUCGAGAUACGGGCUUCCAAAGCUGUCCCAGAAGAAGGUGAGGAGUUUACCCUUCGCUGCAUCGGGAGAGGGAACCCAGAACCCAGCGUGUUCUCCUGGAUCAAGUUCAGUGGGGAUCUGUCAGAGCGAGCUAUCCCCCGGAGCGAGAACCUGACAUUCAGCUUCCUGAAUAAGAGUGACGAUGGGGUGUAUCGCUGUGCUGCCUCCAACAUCAUUGGGACUGCCUAUCGCAAUUACUCGCUGACUGUCCAUGACCCUCUGUCCCAACUCACCCAGUCAAGCAUUGACCACGCUGUUAUUGGUGGGAUUGUGGCUGUCAUUGUGUUCGUAGCUCUCUGCCUCCUGAUUAUCCUGAUCCGCUACCUCAUCAGGCACAAGGGCACGUACCUGACACACGAGGCCAAGGGCUCGGACGAUGCUCCAGACGCGGACACAGCCAUCAUCAACGCCGAAGUCGGCCACUCCAGUUCGGAGGACAAGAAGGAGUAUUUCAUUUAGAGGGGCAGAGUGGCCUCCAGCGGAGGGACCUGGUGCUUG